UUGAUUUGACGUUUUAUCGAUUAUUUUAUUUGUCAAAUCUGAAUGUUUUUCAUAAAUGUGGUUUUUGAAAAAAUACGUAAUUAGUCAAAAAUGUCUUGUCAAAUUAAUGUGACAGCAAAUAUACCGGAUGUUCCUAAAAUACGAAGGUGUCUUUUUCCAACCGAUGACCUAAGAGGCUCUGAUAGCUGGUUGCAAUUAUGCGAAUUAUCAGUUUCCCCAACGGGUGAUGUAAUUGCAAUUGCAAAUGACCGUAGACUUGUUAUUUUAACUUCAAAGUGGGACAGCAGUACUUCACUAAGUCAAUUUCAAAUUACCUAUUCUGGCUCUGUACAUGAAAGUGAUAACAUUAAAUCUGUCAUUUGUGUUCCUGUUGUUAGCCAGACUAAAAGUUCACAUAUUGUACCUGAUUGGACCUGUGUUUUGCUAGGAUUUGAGUCAGGUUUUGUACGAUUUUAUACAGAAAACUGCGAACUUUUAUUAGAGGAACAACUUCAUAAUGAAGUCAUAACAAGUAUUAAAUGUAGGAGCCAACAUAAUCCGAGACCUGACAUUGCCCCUGAUUUACACCCAGAGGAGAUUUACAUACAGUAUCAAAGCACGGUUUGUGUCAUUCCAGGAAAUCAAUUAUUUCCGAUUUUAAGGGCUUGCAGAAGCGAUUUGGCUAAAGUACAAGCUAAAGGCGACAGCUUGGAGUUAACUCAGGGCAAUUUAGCCCCGAAAAAAUGGGGCUUUCAAGACCAAGCCACUAUAAAUGACAUUGCAGUAGUUGGGGUUAAUUUACAUGGGACUUUUGAUCACCUACUAACAGCGUCAACAUGUGGCGGCUUUGACUCAAAAUACCGCUCCCAAGCCCCCUACAACCACCUUGUCCUGGCCGCAGGCUCCCGCCCCUUUGUAGGUUUUCACUACGCCCUAGAAGGGUGUCCCCAGCCGGUCUUCAGCGAUGUGGCCAAAGCCGUGGCUACUAAAAUCAAAUCAGCACUACCGGGUUGGCUUACCGGCAAUAAGGCUUCACUGGAUAAACAAAUGACAGUUGCAAUGCAACCGACGGAAAAUAUGGGUUGCCGUUUCGGCCUCUGCGAUUUGCGAAGGACUUCCACGAGUAUUGUUUUAUCACCUGAUCAUAAAUUAGCAGCUGUGUCGGAUGCUUUGGGACGGGUUAUUUUGUUGGAUGCGUUUCGAGGGGUCACUUUGAGGAUUUUCAAGGGAUACAGGGAGGCUCAGUGUUCGUUUAUUCAAGUCCCGGAUGAAAGACACUCGAAACAUCGGAUCGGAAAUAAAGUCGCAUUGUUUCUAGUGAUUUACUCGCCAAAGAAAGGUACUGUGGAGAUUUUCACGGUGCAACAGGGACAAAAAAUUUCGACUUUUACGGCUUCGAAGUUUAGUCGUCUCGUUUAUAAUAAUUACGGUCUGAUGGGUUUUACUACAACGUCAAAAUCGCGGUUCGUUUGUCUGUUUGAUACAGUUUUAAUUGAUAACGAUGGUCAAAUUAAGGAAAUUUUAAUACCGUUUCAUUUCGCCUUAAGUGAGAAAAAUAAUAAAAGGGCUCGUGAUAUCCACUUGUUUAAAAAGUUGAAACAGUUUUUAAAACAUAGUGAUUGUGAUAAGGAGACGCUCGAAGCCGAAACUUUAAAAAUUUGCACAGAAAUCAAAACGGUCGAGUUGAAACUACAAACUUUAGAAUUGCUACAAAGUGAUAACAAUCUUCCUGCUGAGGUUAUUUUAAAAUGUGUUCAAUUGUUCUUAGAUAAUCCCGAACCGGAAACGGAUAAUUUACGAAUUGUUGCGGAAAAUGUGCGUGUUUUGUUAGAUUUUUACCUGUUUGUGAAACGUCAAGACUUGGAUGUAAAAAACGGAAAUUCGGAAAAAAACGUUGAAACGAGAAUCAAUCUAGAGACUAAACAAUUAGGCAAUUUGCAAAAACUCCUAGAUUUAAGCACUCUAAAUGAGCAAAAACGUGAGCUGAGAGUCGAGUUUAAACAAACCGAUGAAUUAUCACCAGCUGAGUUUUUAUCAGCGUUUGAUCUAAAUACUAUGGGUGUUAAAUCCGAUAUUGAUGACCGAUUAUUGUUCCACAUAUCGGAUUUAAUUUUUGGGAAAUAUCUCCAAAAUCCGUAUUUUGAGGGGUUGUUGGAACAACUACAGAGUUGCAAAAUCCCAUCUCAGGAUUUGUUCCAGUUGUUGAUUUAUUUUUGGGUGAAUCGGCCUCUUGUUAAUAAUAAAAAUCUGGAAAAUGAGAUGAACAACAUGUUUCUCCUGGUGGAGACUUUGGUCAAAACAGCCAAAUGUGAGGAAAUCUUAGCUGAGUACAACUCGACGUCGGUUUUUUGGGGCAAAGUGAGGGAGAUUUUAGCCAAUUCGUCAAAGCCGUUCCGGGCCCUUACCGCGUCAAUUGUUUGUAAAUUAGUUUCGGGUCAAAUGGAGGCGAGUACUGAUGAUGAGAAUAUCGAAAUUUUGUCACAGGAGAGUAUAGAGUGGACUUUACUGAUUGGAAAACUGGAAGAUGUGUCACUUUUGAACAUAAUUUUAUCAAACAAACCAGUCGCAAAAUUCGCCACUUUGCCCAAGCUCAAAGAAGAUCAUAUCGAGAUUAGUCUUAAAUACAUCCUARAGAAGGGCAAAGGCUCGGUUAGUGAGCUUGUGGCCCGCUGGUUGACUCUCUGUGGAGUCGAUCCUGAAAAUAUCGUUCUCAAUGAUAUUCUACUUAAAAAAAAUCAAGACAAUAAUUCAAAUACCUCAUCUGACAAUGACGAUGAUGACGAACUGCCCGAACAGGAUAUAAUGCCUCACAAAAUCGAGGAAGUCCAAUCAGAGCAAGUUUUCGAGCAUUUGAAUUUACUAAAAUCGCAAUUUCCAUACAGUUUGGAGGCUAAUAUAAUCCUGACGAACAUGUGUUGGGAGUAUGCCCUAGCUUGGCAAAAAAACAUCGAAGAUUUAGGGAACCUAGAAGCUUGUAUUAAAUGCCUGACACACAUCACUAGCCCCCAUAUCCGUGAAGGCCUCUUCAACCUAGUCUGGAACACGCAUUUGAAGAUCAUCUUCGAAAGCGCCUCAAAACUGAUUAACAAAGUCGGUAAAUUACCCAAAGAGCGGUUGUGUAAGCAAGACACCGGACUGUCCGAUUACCAAGUUGCGAUUUUUUUGGGGAUUACCACGAAUUUCUUGGAUAGUUACAUGGAUGCAGUUCAACAGAGUCACGGAUCGGUUAAACCGAUUCUGAAUUUUGAAGCGAUUUGGGAAAAUGGGCCGCAACCUCUCGUCGAAUUGGCCCUCCAGCAAAAUUCAAUAAAUUACGAUUUGUUGCAUCUGCACUACCAGUUGAGUCUGACAUUACAGAUGAUCACCGCAUUUUCGAUCAAACACUCGAAACCGCUGAAUAAUUUGUUCGAGAGUUACAUGAUUGGGAUGUUUUUCGUCGAUUUUCAAACUAAAGCUCAGAUCAAUUGGAGUUACACUGACCCUAAAGUUCAAAUUUCCCGAACUCAGUUCUUGUUCAAAGUAAUUUCUUCGAGCUUAGAGAGUGUGACUAUCAAUGAGAGUAAAAUCUACGCCGCGGAUCAUAUUAGGUGGAUGUCCAAAUGUCUCGAAAUUGCCAAGUUAUGGAAUCUGGAUUUAGACGCGUUGAGACGGUUUGAACUCGUUCAGAUUUAUACAAAUGGUCUGGAUAAUUUCGGGGAUGAGGUGUUUAGAGGGAUUGAAGAGAAAAGUAAGUUAGGUCCGGAAUUACUAGCUAUAGCUGGGAAAAGACUGUCACAAUUUUUGACCACUUCGCCGAAUUUGUGUCAGAAUGUUACAGCGUUGAGUACUGUGGUUACGCGAUAUAUGGAUCAAUUGAAUGGCGAUUGGUGUGCGCCAAGCGGUUUAGAUGGUAUCGAGAAUUUAGCCAAUCGUAGUCUUUCAUGUGUAGACGAGACUCAACACGAGUAUAAAAUAGCUGAGUUGUUACUAGAUGGCUGUAAGACGUUACAAAGUAUUUAUAAAAGCAAUUAGGUUUUUUAUUGGUCUUUUUAAUUUUAUGUGAGUUAUAUUGUUAAAAAAUCUAUUUAUAUACGGAUGCAAUUGUGAAUUAACAAUAAACAAUUUGAA